AUGGACUCAAUCUCCCUACUGGUAGGUCCGCCUCCGAACGCAACCAAGGCCCUCAGCCAGGACGAUUUCGAUGCGCGCUACAAUUUCGCAAAGUAUCGCAAGAAGAAGACGAACUCGGAGCUGAUUCGUCAGUUUCUGGUCGGCGACAACUGGCUGCUCUACCAGGCGCCCAACUCGUGGACCCAGAUCUUGCCCAUCACCACGUGGAUCAACAAGUACCACGUGAAGGACUCGCUAGGCAAAGACAUUCUCGGCGCGCUCUACCUUUCGCUGCUCGUGCUCCCGCAGGCCAUCGGCUACGGCGUGCUCAUCAACGACGUUCCGGCGGCCGUCUGGUCGUUGUUCAUCCCUCAAAUCGUGUACGCCUUCUUUGGCAGCGCCCAGCACUCCUCGCUCGGCGCCCUCUCUUACACCGCCAUAAUGGUGUACGCGAGCGUCGAGUACAGCCAAUCGCACCUCUCCUCCAUCUCGCUCUGCUGCGCGCUCAUUCAAAUGAUGCAGUUUCUGCUGCCGCUCGAGUUCAUCUUCUCCUACAUUUCCACGUCGGCGCUCUCCGGCUUCUCCGUCGGCCUCUUCGUCCGCAUCGUUUUCCGCUUCUUGCCACAGUUCUUGGUUUUCCGAGGACACGACUGCAAGAGCACCACAGCCGUCGGCCUUCUGCUGCCCAACACCACGAACGAUGUGAAACGAGUGCUCCAGUGCUUCUACGCCGCCGUUCCGUGCUUACGGUAAGUCCAGAAGGCCUCCUUCCUCCCAGACGAAGAUCCCUUGCAGAUCCGCUGACACUUUGCUCAUCAUCGCCACCGUCGUCGCCGUGCUCAUUUUUGUCCUCUUCAAAUGGCGUCUCUCACGUCUUCUCGGCUCGCGCAUCGGCUUCAGUGUGCCGCACGAGUUCUUCGUCCUACUCGCCGUCACCCUCAUCAUCUUAUUCUUCCAACCGACACCGUUCACCACCUCCAAAAUCGACGUCUCGCUCCCAAAGAUCGGCGUGUGGCGCCUGCCGAGUUGGGCGACGCUCUGCGAUUCGUUCGCCAUCUCCAUCUACACGAUGACGUCGCACAUGCAGAUCACCAAGUCGAUUGCCGAGGAGAAGAUGUACAAGGUGCACCGGAAGCAGGAGCUCUUCUGCUUCUCCAUCAUCUCCUUCCUCUCCUCGCUGUUCGGCCUUCUGCCGCCGUCGAGCAGCUACGGCAGAUCGCAAGUUAACAUUGAGAGCUCCAAAUUCUCGCUGGUGGCCAACGUGCUCUCGUUGAUUCCCACCAUUCUCAUGAUCCACUUUGGCUCGCCGCUGUUCAGUGCGCUUCCUGUCGUGAGUAAUCUUCGCUGUUCGGCACACAAUUUGCAGCAUCUUGCUUGUUGAUCGGCGUUGCUUCUCUGUUCAAAAAUUUCGAUAAUGUAUAUCAGCUGCCUGAAGAGAUAUCAACAAAAAAAAGUCAAUUGAUAAAAUGUGCAAUAUAUCGUUCUCAGCAAUUUAUCAGUUAACAAUUUUUCGAUAUCUCUACCGGCAGCUGAGAUACAUUGUCUUGAUGGAACGGUCUCCAAACUUUGGUUGAGGUGCCAAAUUACGUACUCUAAACCUGAUUUUCCGAAAAAUUGAUCUACUACACUUAUACACAACUUUUCAUGUUCUAUCUAGUGGUGUAAGAGGCUUAAACCGAAAUUCACUAAUUUCUCAAAAAAAAACGUUCCUUUCCAGUGCGCGAUCGGCGUGAUGAUAAUGUGUUCGUUCAACGGCUGGUUCAGCGAUCUCAAAUCUAUUCGCGAGACAUUUUACUCGUCAACCUGGGAUGCUGUGAGUCCCCUCAACAACUUAAAACCAAUCAUAAAUCUACUCUAGAUCCUCGCGGUGGCCGCUCUGGCCAGUGCGCUCGUCUUUCCGAACGUGUGCACCGGCUUCAUCUUCAUGCUCUUCUGCUCCGUGUUCGCCGUCUCGCUCAAAGUUCAAUGGCCGCAUAUGGACGUGCUCGCCAAACUGUCCGACAAUCAUUUCGCCGAGGAGAAUCGGUUAGUCAAUUCAAAAUUCUAUAGUGCUCAGCUGAACACGUUCAGGUACGAAGGCGAUUGUCUGGAUACUCCGGUCCGAAUCAUCAAACUCAGCGGCCCGAUGCUUUCUGUCAAUUGCGAAAGUGUUCGAGCGGAGCUGUUCAAGCAGGCGGUCGUCGUCAAAGGGCUAAUCGGAAUCGGCAUCGGCACUCGGACCGCCUCGCUUCGCAGUCAGUGUCCGUCGGCUAUCGGGCCAAAGGUAGGGGAUUGUCCGAAUCUAUUAACGUUUCCUUCUAACACCUCCUCAGCUCCGCCCCUUUUGCAGUACUCAAUUCAGGAGAGCGUGACCGCGCGUGAAUCUGUCAACCUAUCCGCCAACAUCACAAUCAUCCAAGAAUGCGAUGUGUCCGUCACCCGUCCGCCCUCCGAAGGCCCCCCGAUCGUUCGCUUUCUCGUACUGUCGUUCAACGGAGUCACCGCCAUCGACAAGGACAUGCUCACGUGUCUGUCACAGGUCAGUGAGGAUUCUAGGCUACGGUCAGACUAAAAUUUUUCAGGUCUAUGGCGAUUUGAACAGUGAAAACAUCAAAAUCCUAAUGUCCGGAGUACCGGCGUUUGUCCGCGACUCGAUGGAACUGCUCGGCUUCUACAACACCGUCCCGCGCGCCCAAUUCUUUCCCAACGUUCAAGAGGCGCUCCUCUCGGCCCGCAAUACCGUACUCCCGUUCCAUAUGAGGUCAGUAAGCAAGAAUUCAAUCUAAUCCCAAGAAAAACUUUCAGUGUCUCAAUGAACGGCUAUCGUGAUGUGAUCGCACUCUCGUGUGCCGCUUCCAACAUCGAUUUGAAUCGACAACCGUCGCCGGAAGCCGUCUGA